AUGGUGUUCACUGACAGCGACGAGGACGAGCCGCCGCCGCCGCAACUCAAGCAGCCCCCUCCCGGCCUGAGGAAUGAGGACAUACCUGCGCUCUUCUGGCAAGUGGUGAUGACCGGGUGCCGCAUGCACGACCUUCUUGCCAUUGCCAUGGAUGAGUUGCCCGAGGACAUGGGCGACCACCCUGACGCCGCCGCCCUCAAGGCCAUUAUGGCAGACACAACUCCUGAGGAGUCGGCGGAGGGCUUCAAGAACCUGGGCAACGACGCGCUCAAGGCGGGGCUGCGGCACAAGAAGAAGUUUUACCUGCGGCAGGCCAUCGAGCAGUAUGGCAAGGGGCUGGAGGUGCAGUGCAGCGACGCCGCCCUCAACUCAAUCCUGUGCAGCAACCGCGCCCACGUCAACCUGCUGCUGGGCAACCUGCGCAACGCAUACCAGGACGGGCUGGCGGCGCUGCGCCACAACGACAAGAACAUCAAGGCUUUCUACCGUGCUGCCAAGGGGGCGCUGGGGUUGCGCAAGUACGACCGCUGCAUAGAGCUGUGUGAGCAGGGGCUGCGCCUGGAGCCUGACAAUCGGGAGCUGAAAGACAUCAGCCAGAGGGCGGCAGUAGAGAAGGAUGCCCAGGUGCAGCGGGACGAUGCGGAGCAGCAGCGGCAAGCACGCAUACGCUCGCCGGCGCGGCAGCUCGCAUCGACGGUGCUGGCGCGAGGGUGGCGGGUCGGCAGGCCGCAGUUCACCAUCGGUGACCGCCGGCCCUCUGUGGAUGAGGAUGGGCUGGUGCACUGGCCAGCGCUCUUCUUCUACCCCGAGGCCGCCAUGCAGCACGAUGUGGUGGACGAUGUGUGCGAGGAGGACACGUUUAGGGACCACCUGGACUUGAUGUUUGGGCCCGAGGCGCCGCCGCUGGAGUGGGAUGCGCGGGGGGAGUAUAGCCGGGAUGCGAUCGAGGUCUACUACCUCUCCCACGCCGCCACGCCGCUUACAAAGCAGCAGCUGGCAGAGGUGUACUUUGGCGGGUGGCCAGAGGUGUCAGAGGAGGGGCCACAGCGGUAUGGGCCCAACGCUGCGGGCUGGGUGCGCGUGAGCGAGGGGUGGACCCUGCGUGAUGCUCUGGCGAGGGAGGACCACAUCAUCCCUGGCAUCCCGGCCUUCUUUGUGCUGGCCAAGGGCUCCGACUUCAGGCAGCGCUUCCUGGACGGCGACAUCCCGCUGCUGUGA